UCGCUGAUUGCACCGGGAAUUACCGACGCAUUCAUCGGUCGCGUCUUGGCCUGUUUCUCCUUUGCCUAUCACAGUUGUUCUCCUGCCCUGAAAUAUUUCAGACUUAAACACCUGCCGUUCCCUUUAUAUGUAGCCAUGACGUCUGGGAAAAAUCAUUCACUCUCCCUCUCUUUCGCUGGUCCACCCCUUAGCAUUGCAUACCGCACUUGAUCUACUGGACUCUGCCCAAGAGGGAAACGCAGCCAGUCUGCUCUUUGUGGAUUAUGCUUUACCUAUCGUCGCUCUCCUUGUCAUCGUCACUACUCUCAUGCUUGCUCUUGCUCGAAUCUAUCCCGUCUAUUACUUGUCAUCCUACACAUGGUCCUGUCCAACGGGAACUCACUAUACCUCUUGCUCAUCGUGCACCAAGACGUUUCAAUGCGGAGCCCGAAGUAGGGGCAUGGGCUGCUGAACAAGGCGCUCGACUGAGAUCCAAGUAUGGCUUGGCUCAUUCGGAUGGUUCAACUUCCAAGCGUGCUGAAGGCUUGAAUCUCCUUGUCAACAUCGACCGAGAUACAUCAUACUUUGGUUCGGUGGCGAUUGGUACUCCACCGGCCUCAUACAAUGUCAUUCUUGAUACUGGAAGCAGUGACCUUUGGCUAGCCGAUUCGAAGUGUCAGAUAGGUUGCGACGGUCUCUCAACAUUUUCAUCCUCGAACUCUUCUACAUUGAAGAACAUUACAACCCCAUUUUCCGUUACAUACGGAUCGGGCGCUGCGAGGGGACAUCUUGUUCAGGACAGCGUUCAAAUGGCCGGUUUCUCGAACCCUAAGCAGGUUUUUGCUUUAUGCAACCAAAUCUCGAAAGACUUGCUAUCUAGUCCGAUAUCAGGACUGAUGGGUCUUGCGUGGAGGUCACUUGCUGCAUCGGGAAGUACACCAUUUUGGCAGGCGCUAGUGGCUGGUGGAAGCUGGACGAGUCCCCUUAUGUCAUUCGUCCUUACAAGGUUUCUGGAUGACCCCACAGCGCAGAAGCUUGAACCAGGGGGUGUUUUCACUAUGGGCUAUUUGAAUUCAUCGCUGUACACGGGUGAUAUUGAGUACACGAAUAUCAAUGGGGAUCCGACGUAUUGGCUAAUUGAUCUCACUUCGAUAAAGGUGCAAGGAAAUUCAGUCUUGAACAAAACUGUAUCGGCGGCUAUCGACACUGGUACAACGCUCGUCGGGGGUCCGCCAAGCGACAUUGCAAACAUAUUCAGCCAAAUUCCGGGUUCCACCCGAGGAUCGGACUCUUACCAAGGAUAUUGGAUUUAUCCAUGCAGUACGCCCGUCAAUGUGACGUUUGCGUUUGGAGGUGGGAAGGAUUGGUCGAUGUCUCCCGCCGAUUUCCAACUGCAGCAAAUUUCGAACUCGGACUGCCUCGGUGCCUUUUUUGAGAUCGAUCCAACUGGAUCGUCACCCCCUUGGAUCAUCGGCGAUACAUUCCUUAAGAACGUCAUGUCUGUGUUCAAGUACGACCCUCCAUCGGUAGGCUUUGCGCAGCUCUCCUCAGCAGCCCGUGAACUCGGUAGAAAUUCGGUGCCCACACCCACGAUUGGAACGUCUACUGUAUCGCCCAGCGAUACUACUGGUGCUGCGGUUGCCCUCUUGGGGGGAAGCAGGUCCAAGUAUUGGAGUACACUGGCUGCCGUUGGGGCUGUCAUCUUUGUAGCAACCUCGCACUGUGUGCUCUAACGUGACUUGUGCUGCUGUGUUCUAUCACGUAUAGAUGUCGUUCACCUUUACUCAUGCUUGCGACUUGAGCGCUCUAGCCCAUCCUCGUCCGCCGUCCAUGAAAUUUAAUUUUCGUGUUGGCAGCGUGUCCACUCUUUAGCCACCCCACUCAUGUGUUAUAUUAUAAUGCGGCCUAUUAUACGCGAUAUGAAAAGAUAUGGCCUUGGGGUAUAGUCAGGUCUACUUGGUAGCUACAGAUGACGACAAU